AUGCUAACAAUGGUGGUGAUUGUUGUGAUGCUCCUCUCAGCCAGUGAUCCUGCAGCCAGUGACCUCAAAGGAUUUCAGACACAGGCAUACGAGAGGCCCCAGAAACACUCAACACUUCAAUAUGACCCAGGUCUCUCCCAGGGCUUCACCAGUGACACCUUAAAACCAAAGCACCAGCAAAAAAGCAGCAGCCAGAGCCACAUGGACUGGUCUUCCAACUCUGACAGUGGACCAGCUACUCAGAAUUGCUUCAUCAGUCCAGAGUCUGGCAGAGACACUGCAAGCACCAGCAAGAUCCCAGCUCUUGAACCCGUGGCUUCCUUUGCAAAGGCCCAGAGUAAGAAAGGCAGUACAGGGGGUACCUGGAGUCAGUUGUCCAGCAGCAGCAAAGACCUGCUCUUGGGAAGUGUGGUACCAUCCCCCAGCAGCCACAGCUCCCCAGCGACCCCUAGCAACUCAGCUGAGUGCAAUGGACUCCAGCCACUGGGAGAUCAAGACGGAGGAAGUACAAAGGAACUCCCAGAACCACCUGCUCUCAGUAGCAAGAAGAAGUCCAGUAAAAAAGAUACGAUAAUCCAAACCAUACCAAACUCAGAUCUGGAUUGGGUCAAGAGUGCCCAGAAAGCAUUUGAAACCACAGAAGGGAAAAGGGAAGCCUACUCUGCAGACAAUGCUAAAGAGGCAUCGCCAACCCGGCAGAGCAUCAGUUCUGUCAGUAAUCCAGAAAAUGAUUCCAGUCAUGUUCGGAUUACUAUUCCCAUAAAGACACCUUCUCUGGAUCCAACCAACCAUAAGAGGAAAAAGAGGCAGUCUAUUAAAGCUGUGGUGGAAAAAAUCAUCCCGGAGAAAGCACUGACUUCAGGGAUUACUAUGAGCAGUGAAGUUGUUAACAGGAUACUUUCCAACUCAGAGGGAAGUAAGAAAGACCCCCGAGUCCCAAAGUUGGGUAAGAUGAUAGAGAAUGAGCCCCACUCAGUUGGCCUUGAAACAGGUGGAAUCACUGAGAAAACUGUCCCUGGAGGUGUGUCCAAGCAGAGAAAACUUCCCAUAGUCAUGACAUCACCAACACGCUCAGAGCAUGCUCCAUCAGGAAAGCUGCCUGAGAUCCAGCACCCCAAGUUUGCUGCAAAAAGGAGGUGUAGCAAGGCAAAACCUCCGGCUAUGCUUCGAGAGGCAGUCUUAGCUACCGCCGAGAAACUGAUGGUGGAGCCACCGUCUGCUUACCCCAUUACCCCAUCCAGCCCUCUAUACACCAACACGGACAGUCUUACUGUGAUCACGCCGGUCAAAAAGAAACGGGGACGACCAAAGAAGCAACCUCUGCUCACCGUGGAAACGAUUCACGAAGGUACUUCCACUAGCCCUGUCAGUCCAAUCAGCAGAGAGUUUCCCGGCACCAAGAAAAGAAAGAGGCGGCGCAAUCUGGCUAAGUUGGCCCAGUUAGUGCCCGGAGAGGAUAAACCCAUGAGUGAGAUGAAGUUUCACAAAAAGGUUGGAAAGCUUGGUGUGUUGGAUAAGAAGACCAUCAAAACUAUCAACAAGAUGAAGACGCUCAAGAGAAAAAAUAUCUUAAAUCAGAUAUUGUCCUGUUCUAGCAGCGUGGCCCUGAAGGCCAAAGCUCCCCCAGAGACCAGUCCUGGGACACCAUCUAUUGAAAGCAAAUUGGGAAAGCAGAUUAACGUCAGCAAGAGAGGAACCAUCUACAUUGGCAAGAAGAGGGGCAGGAAGCCAAGAACAGAGCUGCCACCCCCGUCCGAGGAACCCAAAACAGCCAUCAAGCACCCCAGGCCUGUCUCUAGCCAGCCGGACGUUCCACCCGUGCCUUCCAGUUUCCAGUCACCUGUGGCUUCUUCACCAGCAGCUGUGCACCCACUUUCAACACAGUUAGGUGGGUCCAAUGGCAACCUGAGCCCCGCCAGCACUGAAACCAAUUUUUCAGAAUUGAAAACUAUGCCGAACCUCCAGCCCAUCAGUGCUCUUCCAACCAAAACCCAGAAGGGAAUCCACAGUGGGACCUGGAAGCUUUCCCCACCCCGGCUGAUGGCCAAUUCCCCUUCACACCUUUGCGAGAUUGGCUCACUGAAGGAGAUCACAUUGUCCCCUGUCAGUGAGUCCCAUAGCGAGGAGACCAUCCCGAGUGACAGUGGCAUUGGGACGGACAACAACAGCACCUCCGACCAAGCAGAGAAGAGUUCAGAAUCCCGGCGGAGGUACUCUUUCGACUUCUGUUCCCUUGACAACCCAGAGGCCAUUCCAUCUGACACCAGCACAAAGAACCGGCACGGCCACCGGCAGAAGCAUCUCAUUGUGGACACUUUUCUGGCCCACGAAAGCCUCAAGAAGCCAAAGCACAAGAGGAAACGGAAGAGCCUGCAGAACCGCGAUGAUCUCCAGUUUCUGGCUGAGCUGGAAGAGCUCAUCACCAAGUUUCAAGUGUUCAGGAUCUCCCACCGGGGCUACACUUUUUACCAUGAGAAUCCAUACCCCAGCAUCUUCAGGAUCAACUUUGAUCACUAUUACCCGGUGCCAUAUAUCCAGUACGACCCAUUGCUCUAUCUUCGUAGGACUUCAGACUUGAAGUCAAAGAAGAAGCGUGGUAGGCCUGCAAAAACCAAUGACACCAUGACAAAGGUGCCUUUUUUACAGGGGUUCAGCUACCCUAUUCCCAGUGGAAGUUACUAUGCACCCUAUGGAAUGCCUUACACAUCAUUGCCUAUGAUGAACCUUGGUUACUAUGGUCAGUACCCAGCUCCUCUGUAUCUAUCGCACACACUUGGAGCGGCAUCUCCCUUCAUGAGGCCCACGGUACCACCACCCCAGUUCCACACGAGUUCCCAUGUAAAGAUGUCUGGGGCAACUAAACAUAAAGCCAAGCACGGAGUCCACUUGCAGGGAACCGUAGGCAUGGGCCUUGGUGACAUACAGCCAUCCCUGAACCCUCCCAAGGUGGGCGGGGCCACUCUGUCCAGCAAUCGGCUCCAUAAGAGGAAACACAAACAUAAGCAUAAGCACAAAGAAGACCGAAUCUUAGGGACCCAUGACAACCUGAGUGGUCUCUUUGCAGGCAAAGCCACAGGCUUCUCCAGCCACCUCCUGAGUGAGCGGCUCAGCAGUUCAGACAAAGAGCUCCCACUGGUGAGUGAGAAGAGCAAACACAAGGAGAGACAGAAGCACCAGCACGGUGAGGCAAGCCACAAGGUUUCCAAGAGCAACUUUGAGGUGGACACCCUGUCUACACUGUCACUUUCUGACGCCCAGCACUGGACACAGGCUAAGGACAAAGGUGACUUGAGCGGUGAGCCUGUGGAGUCGUGUGCUAAACGGUACUCUGGCGGUGGUGGAGACAGCACAAGAUCGGAGAGUCUGGAUGUGUUCAGUGAAAUGAAUCCUUCUGGUGACAAGUGGGACAGUGACGUGGUUGGGAGUAAGAGGCGGAGCUUUGAAGGCUUUGGGACAUACAGGGAGAAGGACAUCCAAGCCUUCAAGGUGAAUCGCAAGGAGAGAGGUUCUUAUGAGUCCUCCAUGUCUCCAGGGAUGCCAAGUCCUCACUUAAAAGUGGACCAGACGGCAGCACACAGUAAGAGCGAGGGCUCAGGAUCCACCAUGAUGGCCAGGAAGAAGCCAACUGCAGUGGACAGUGUUGCAAUUCCCUCAGCGCCCGUGUUAUCUCUCCUUGCUGCAUCUGCAGCAACAUCAGAUGCAGCCAGCUCCUCCCUGAAGAAGAGAUUCAAGAGACGGGAGAUCGAAGCCAUCCAAUGCGAAGUGCGGAAGAUGUGCCAUUACACCAAGCUUCUGUCCACCAAGAAGAACCUGGACCACGUGAACAAGAUCCUGAAGGCCAAGCGGCUACAGAGACAAUCAAAGACGGGCAACAACUUUGUCAAGAAGAGGCGAGGCCGGCCUCGGAAGCAGCCCUCGCAGUUCGAUGAGGACUCCAGAGACCAAAUGCCAGUGCUGGAAAAGUGCGUCGACCUACCCAGCAAGAGAGGCCAGAAGCCCAGCCUGAGUCCCCUGGCGCUGGAACCGGCCUCGGGCCAGGAUGCAGUGAUGGCCACCAUCGAGGCUGUCAUCCACAUGGCUCGGGAGGCGCCGCCGCUGCCCCCGCCGCCUCCCCCACCACUGCCACCGCCACCGCCUCCACCACCACCACCGCCCCCGCCGCUGCCCAAGACCGCUAGGGGCGGAAAGAGGAAACACAGACCGCAGCCCCCAGCGCAGCCCGUACAGUCCCCGCCACAGCCUCUUCCCCAGGAAGAGGAGGUGAAGGCCAAAAGGCCACGGAAGUCCAGAGCCAGCGAGAGUGAUGUCCUUCCCUAGGGCGAGCCUGGGUGGUGGGAUCCGGGCUGGGACUGACGAGGGGGAGCACAGCAGCCAGGGUGGGGCUGAUGCCCAGCCACAGGGACACCCCGCCCCUCUCUGCAGCGGGUGGGCAGGAUGGGCAGAGGGCAGGGUGGAGCUAUGGGGAGCUCUUGAGGUAGUAGAGUGAAGGGACCCCUCCAAAAAAAGUAACUGCUGCUGCUGUUCAGUGGCAGGAUCCUCGCGGGCUGCAGAAGACGGAAGAACGCAAAGCUGGUGCUUAAUGUUGGCCACCUGACCUUCCUCAUCCCAGGUGUGCCCUUGAUUCCGAUUUCAGUUGCUGGUCAGAUAAAUUAAAUGGGAAACACCAUCAGCAAACAUUCCAAGGGGGAGUAAAGCUGCAAAUUUACCAGCUGGCUUGUUGUAAGCCACUUCCACAUAAUUGGGUUUUUUUUUAUUUCUUUUGGUUUGCAAACUCCGCUAGGCUUUGGGGCACCAACAUCAUCUUCAAGUGACCCGAGAGAUGAAUCUUUCCGUUAACAGCACAGUGGCUCAGAUGGAAUCUUGUGCUCGAGGUGGAAUUGGACUGAUAGGCGACCUUAGAUCUGCUCGUGUUCCUGUCUCGUACACUGAUUUUGCAUUGUCUUUUUCCUGCUUUUUCCUUUGUGUUGUAUUUUCAUGUACUCUCGGUAACUUGCUGCCUUCAACUUUUUGGUACACAUCUAAACAAGGUGAACUUUACUCACGUUGUAAAGUCCACUCUUCGGGUCCUGCCUCAAGAAACCGGCUUUGAAUCCCAGUCAUUGUGAACCAUACUCAGUACAGAUUAGAAGCUUUUCAAUUAGUGACUCAGAGCAGUCAAGGGAUAUAUCGACCCAAGUGUCAGCCAGGUUAUUUUUAUACUUAAAACAUAUCAGUGGCGAAUAGGCAGGGAAAAAAAUGGUUUUAAUACCCCCACCCCCCGCAAGACCCCCCCUCAAGUGGAAUAACUGAUAAGCCACCAAAAAUCAAAAUCCCACGCCCACUAGAAAGAAAAUUGUCUAGCAAUGCCUUGGUACCUGAUUAUUUUCAUGCAAAGAGCUGUCAUAGGUUGUUAAGAAAAAGAAACAAAGACAGUAGAAGUCCAUUAUCUCUUAAUAAUUAUUCCUUAAGAUCGAAUGGGAGCAAGUGUUCUUAUCUAAAAUAAAUUAAUAAAUAAAAAAGUAUUCAAAGGGUAUCACCACUCCAGUUGUAUCAAGCCACCUUGGACAAAGUAUCCAAAUUGUGGUUGCCUUAAUACACUAAAACAUUGCUGUACAUAAUGUAAUUAUAAAUCUAUCAGUCUGCAUGGGUGCAAACUGUGUGUGACAAAUCGUCUUUGAAAUGGUCAAUUUCAAUUGUACAUUUCUCAUCCAAGUUGUACUUUAGCCUCUGGUUUAGUGUGAACAGAUAUUCCGUCUAUCUUCCAUUUCCACAGCCCAAGUUCGGACUUAACCCACUGCCGUAGAUGUUGUUAAAAGUCAGAUGUGGAAAUUUCAAAUAAGUAUUCUCAGUUUCCUCCCUUACUCCUCCCCUUCUUCAAGACAUCAAAUACCUGGCAUCAUAGCUUAUAUAAAGAGAGACAACAUUUUCUAAGGGGAAUUAGGACAUCUGGUUUACCUCCAAAUUACGAUUCUUUACCGAAAGUUGGGACCAGCUAAGAAACUGCAUUAUCAUUUCAGAACAUAGGAUCUCCUUCUCAGAGAGAGAUGGAUCUAUUGGGGGAACAUAAUGAAUAAGUGAAUAGUAUCUACUGAAGGAAAUUUGAAAGUCCCAAGUUAAUAUGCUUAUAAAUACACCACUGAGUCGUGGCACCAACAGUUGCUUGGAACUACAGAGCCAUCCUGUUCUGCACUGUCGAAAUGGACUUCAUGUCAUUUGCAGCCUGCUCGGUCAGUCUCUUUUAAUCCUAGCAAUAUAUACAUUUAAAGGACUCUGCUUAUUUCGAGCUUUUAUCCUAGAUACUCAGUUCGUGACCUGUGUUGACCUAUAUAUGGCAUUUCAUACAAUUUGAACAGCAAAAUCUAAACAGCCGUUUUCAAUCGGUCACUCCCAAGCCAUGUCUGAGUAGCUCCAAAGUCAUAGGGAGGAAGACAGAGAUCAGUCCUCUUCCCCCAACCAUUGCUACGAAAAAGCAGCCAUUUCCAUUCCAGUUAAGCCAUAAACAGGGUUCUCUUCCUGAUGGACUUUGAAAACCAUUUCUUUCUUUCCUCCUUCAUUCAUGGGGUGUACAGUCUCCCAACCCAAUUUAUAAGCAGUCUAAACCUUCCUACAGAUGAGAGAAAGCUGGUGCUUAAUAAACCUCAAGGGACAUCCACCAUCUGAUUGGUAUUAACCUGCAUUUGGUGAUUAGUUCAAAAGAAGUUUGGGUUGGAAUCUCUAAACAAAUAAAAAGAUUCCAGGAGAGAUACAGUGGAUUUACCACUUAACGCAUGAAUUGGGGUGUAUUGUUAUCUGUGAGUUCAAUGUGAGUCACAUGGAAGUCCUUGCGUGCAAGCUCUGAGAACUGUUUGGAAGACUAGAGGACCAAAGAGUGUCACAGUGAGCAGCAGCUGGUGAUGCAAGGGAGCCCAUCCGUGCACGCGGUGGUUCCCCUACCACCCAGUGAUGUCCUCACUGCUGCAGCUGUCUUUCUCUUGUUUUUCAUGAACCUGGCUUUAUCUCAUUGCUACAACUAUGUCUGUAUUCCCUAACUGCACCCUUAACCUCUCCUUUGCUGCCCAGGCCCCUCUACGAAGCCAGUUGAAUUUCCACAUCUAAGUGGUUUUACAGCCAGAAAGAGAACCCAGCUCUUGAUUCCGAGUCUGGAGGUUCUUACCCACACAACACUGCCUUCUGGGGAUGCAUUUCUAUUCUGAGAGGGGUUGUUUCGAAACCUCAAGACUCCAUUUACAGACCCACAAAACAUUUUGUAAUGAUCCCUUGCUUAUAAUUUCAAUUUUUGCUUCUUUGUAGAAUAGUCCUUCAGCGAGUAGGUAGAGACCCACCUACAGUGUAAGGAGUCCAAUUAAAGAUGAGAAGGUAAACAUAGAUGCAAAAGCUCCUUAGAGGUGCUGAUGGGUCUUUAAUCCACCUUCCUAAGGGACUAGAAAGCCAUUUGCUUUUUGACCCCCUCAUCUCAAAUGAGAGGAACAGAAGUUUAACUUCGUCAAGUGUGGAAGGUUGUUCUGUGAUUUGGCAAGACCAGGACUCAGCAGUCACUGGCAGCCUGGCAAAGGUGACUAAGGGCUGGCAGUAGAAUGGUGUGUAAACUUGGCUGCCGACUGCAGUAGGAGGCCAUGUUCAAUGGCAGUUAAAAUGUGUGUUCUGCACACUGCUGUAUCUAUAAAUAUGAUAAGCAAGUGGUGACAGAAUUAUAGUAGAAGGUGAUAUAUUAUAAGCAGAUCAUAAAGGAUUUGGUAUUAAGACUUAAGUAGAAAAAUCUUACUCCUGGCUUGUUACUCAACGAUAUUCAGUUAAUGAGCCUGUGCGGUGUCUUUUUCCCUAUCACUAUGAAGGUUGACCUGGGAACUGUCUAAAAGUCUAUACAGAUAUUUCCAAAGCCUUUAAAUGCCAACUGUAGCAUAGAGGGGGAGUGGUGGGAGCCGAAAUGCCUCAAAAGCCAUUUAAGUGUUAUGUCGCAGGAUUUUCAGUCCUACUCAUUAUGUAAAAGUACAUAAAUAUAGACAUUUUUCUCAACACUACCCUAUCGUAUCACAAUGGUCCAAAUGCCAGCGCUUACAGAUAAUGUCAUCACAGUGCCUAGAAACUCAAACUGUAAUAUACCGUAGCAUCUUCUUGGUGUUUCUUCACGUUUCUUUCCACAAAGCAAGGCUCCCUCUGCCUCGUGUUUCUAAGAGAGUUCACCCCACUGAGGAGCCUGCCUUCCCUGUUGGACUCUGUCACUUGGGGAACAGUCAUAGAAGCACAUAUCAACCAAGGAAGAACCUUCCUGGAUAUCUGUCUCCCAUUUGCCCAGGUAUAAUAAACACUAAAGAGGGGAAAACUGAAGAACUGCCAACUGGUCAGUCUGGAAGGGUAGUUAUGCCCUGGAUUGGUGUCUUUCUUUUUCUUCCUUUUUUUAAAAAGAAAUCUAUUUCUUAAAUAAUAAUAAAUGCACAUGACGUGUUAAAUAUGUACAUAUAUAUUUCAAAAAUGGGCACAAGAUUGUCUUACAAGUCCUUCUGGCUAAUUUUUAGUUUGUAUUCAUAAGUGGUUUUUAAAAGCCUUUUUUAAAGUGUAAUUUGCAUGUUCUACUUUGAUUGUAUGUAAACAUAUUUUAGAACAAAAAUGUAUUUGUAUUUUAUUGAAUAUAGAGGCAAGAAAAAUUGUACAUUGUUUGAAAUGUUCUUUUGUAACAGUUUUUAUUCAUAAAGCAUUUUUGUACAUUUAAAUGAACAUGGACUUGCUGUCAUUUGAGGCGUAGCGACAUCUGGCAUGCUUUACUGUCAUGCUCUCCCAUGGUCUUAGAUGUUGGGUUUUAAACAUUUUUUUUUCUAAAAGAAAGUUCAGUCUCUUUCGCUACCAGAUCAGGUUAGCACAGUACAGAGCACUUAACUAUUAAAAAAAAGUUGAUCCUAUUCAUAUGUUAUUCAUUGUGUGAAAUUAAAGACAUUCAAUUCAGUCUAA